CGGUUGCUCAUCCGCGUGUUUCGCCGUUAACGCUAAACUCAAACCUCUCGUUUCCAUAACUCCCCAAAACGAAGAUGAAACAUGCUGUCAACAAAAUUUUAGCCAUAAAUAUCAUAAAAACACGGAGUGGAAAAAAAAAAAAAAAUUGGGGAAGAUUAAGAAGAGGGAAUUGGGAGUUUUAAAGUUCAAACCCAGAUAGGAUCAAAUAAAAUCAGAUCAAAAAAUCCCCUCUGGUUGGGAUUGGAGUUGUUUUAAGAACAAACACCAACCCUUGUACGAGAAGGAAAAGAAAGAGAAAAAGGGGUUUGUUUGAUUUGAUUUGUUGGUUCUGUAAGUAGAUUUUUACCCCCGUUGUCGAAUCCAUCAUUAAUUUAUUCAUAUAUAGAAAGAGAAAGAGAGAGAGGGAGACAGAGUUUUUGUUUUUCUCAUUCUUGUUGUUUGUCUCUGUUUCUUGAAAUGGAUGGCGAGAAGAAGUAUAUGUCUGAAGAAGAGCUUAGAAAGCACAACAAGGCCGGAGAUUUAUGGAUCUCAAUCCAGGGGAAAGUUUACAAUGUGACAGAUUGGGCUAAGGAGCAUCCUGGUGGGGAAGCUCCGCUUUUGAAUCUAGCAGGUCAAGAUGUAACCGAUGCGUUCAUAGCUUACCAUCCCGGCACUGCGUGGAAAUACCUGGACAAAUUCUUCACUGGGUAUUAUCUUCAAGAUUUCAAAGUCACAGAGGUGUCCAGAGACUACCGCAGAUUAGUCUCCGAGUUUUCCAAAAUUGGUUUGUUCGACAAGAAAGGCCGCGUCGCCUCCGUCGCCCUCACAUCCGUCGCUCUCAUGUUCGCCGUCGUGCUUUACGGCGUUUUGCGAUGCGACAGCGUUUUGGCUCAUCUGGGUUCCGGCUGCUUGUUGGGUUUCCUCUGGAUCCAAAGCGCUUACGUCGGUCACGAUUCCGGCCACUACGAGGUAAUGACGAGUCGCCGUUACAAUAAAUUCGCUCAGUUUCUCGCCGGAAAUUGUUUGACCGGAAUCAGCAUUGCGUGGUGGAAAUGGACUCACAAUGCCCACCAUAUCGCCUGCAACAGUCUUGACCAUGAUCCUGAUCUUCAACACAUUCCAGUCUUCGCUGUUUCUUCCCGUUUCUUCAACUCAAUCACAUCGUGCUUCUAUGGAAGAAAACUCAACUUCGAUCCAUUAGCCAGGUUCCUCGUCAGUCACCAGCACUGGACAUUUUAUCCCGUCAUGUGUGUCGGUAGAGUCAACUUGUUUAUCCAGACAUUCUUGUUAUUGUUCUCGAAGAGAAAGAUUCCGGACAGGGCAUUGAACAUUCUCGGAAUCGUGGUCUUCUGGACAUGGUUUCCUCUCCUUGUUUCCUACCUCCCAAACUGGCCGGAGAGGGUGAUGUUCGUAAUAGCGAGCUUCACCGUCACUGCGAUCCAACACGUUCAGUUUUGUUUGAAUCAUUUCUCUGCAAAUGUGUAUCUCGGACCACCAAACGGCAACGACUGGUUCGAGAAGCAAACCAGCGGGACUCUGGAUAUUUCCUGCUCGUCGUAUAUGGAUUGGUUCUUCGGUGGAUUACAGUUUCAGCUGGAGCACCAUUUGUUUCCAAGAUUACCCAGGUGUCAUUUACGGAAAAUCUCGCCAGUGGUGAAAGAUCUCUGUAAGAAACAUAACUUGCCUUACAGGAGUUUGUCGUUUUGGGAGGCUAAUAAAUCCACCAUUAGGACUCUGAGAACUGCUGCUCUGCAAGCUCGGGAUAUGACCAAUCCUAUUCCCAAGAACUUGGUUUGGGAAGCUGUCAACACCCAUGGCUGAUUUUCGUUAUCAGCUUCAUGAUUUUAUUACUGUUUUGUUUUCUCGCUCUGAUGUCUGAUUUGAUUUGAUUUAAUUUCUUGAGUUACGGUUGGUUGGCAAGGAUGGUGUUUCUUAGGUUUAAUUUUCUGCUUUACUUUUCCUCAUAAAUAUAUUCAUAUAUUUCACUGAAAUAUACGUAUAUUGGUUGUUCUC